UUAUGUAGGAUGGUCUUCGACCUAAAACAACUCCCCCAGUAUUCUUGUUUUGCUUACCUCUCAACUCGAGGAGGGUUUAGAAUCCCGAGGAUGCCUAGUUCCCUGAAGGGGUGGAAGGAUAAGUGGUUCUAUGCUAUACCUCAAGAUCCCGACGUUCCCUUUAGUCCUCGGUGGGGGGUUCCUGAUACUGCUAGGUUUUGUGGGGGUCAGGCAUACUUUGAAUCGUUGGAGAGGCAUAGGCAAAUGCUAGAGGAGCUCGAGCCCCUCGUUUAUGACUUGGAUGAUAUCCUCGGGGAUGAUAUCCUCGAGCUUGCAAACAUGAAAGGAAUCGAGGAAAUGACGUUUGAUCCAAGUGCCCUUCGUCAGGCAGUGAACAAAAAGUCCAAGGCUCCCCAGGCUCGGGCUCCCGGCCAGAGGAGGGGCCAGAAGAGACCUCGGGAUUCGAGGCAGGAAAGGCAGACCAGUGGGCCUGGGGAAUCUUCAAGGCCCCGAGGACCGUCUCCGGGAAUAGUGAGGACGGGAUCUCAGCAGCAGGAUCAUCAGGGGACUCCUCGGGAGUCUGUUCCUCGGGGACCUGUUGACGUGGUCGACCUCGAGGAUGGGAGCCUGCCACCGGGGUCUGCUAAUCCCGAGGGAUGCUCUCGGUGCCACUCAGUGCUCAGCAUCGUCGACAAAUACCGGGCAGAUGUCGACUUAAGCAAUGGCUUGAGGGCUCUUGAGGCUAUGGCCUUGAAGACACUGGGAAUAGCUCGGGGCCUUUCCUUGAAGGAAAAGGAUGAGUCUUCAAGAAUGGCCGACCUCGAGGGGGCCGUUUCUGCUCGGGAUCUAAGGAUUGCCGACCUCGAGGAGGAGCGCGCUCAGCUAUUGAGGGAGCUUGAGCAUAUGCAAAAUGAUCUACGCAGUGCUCAGGGUGAGGCCGGUACUGCGAAGGCUGAGGCUGAGCACUCCAAGCUUGAGCUCGAUCAGCUUAAAAACGAUUUUGAUGCGAAGCUGGCCAAUGCUCGAGAGGAAGCGAUCGAGGACUUCAAGAAGUCUGACGCCUUCAACGAGUUAAAGGGUGAUUAUGCUAUGGGCUCUUACUUUCAUGCCCUGAAGGAAGCUCGAGCUUUCAUGCGCCUGAGGCCGGAUGCUCGCCCUGAGGAUCUGAAGUCAAUCCCCGAGGUGGCUGAUGACCUUCAUCUUUCAGAGUCCGAAGAAAACGCUGGGGAUGAAGACGUCGAUAUCGAGGGCGAUGAUGCCGAGGAAGGCCAAGGCAGUCAGGACACCGACGCCUAAAUUUACCGAGCUUAUCCUGUAUUGUUAUUUUUUUGUAAUUGUAAAAUGCCCGAUCUUAAUGGAGAUUAUUUUUUUUCUUUUGAUCGAGCUUAUUUUGUAUUAUCGUCGUGUUUCU